AUGUCCGCCGCGCAGCUCUACACCAAGUACACUAGAGUUUGGAUUCCUGACCCUGAUGAAGUUUGGAGAUCGGCAGAAAUUAUCAAGGAUUACAAAGAGGGAGAUAAAAGCCUCCAUCUGAAACUAGAAGAUGAAACUCUCUACGAAUAUCCUAUUGACCUCCAAGGAAAUGAGCUGCCUUUCCUGCGCAAUCCGGAUAUCCUGGUGGGAGAGAAUGACCUGACGGCCCUGAGCUACCUGCAUGAGCCUGCGGUCCUCCACAACCUCAAAGUCAGGUUCCUCGAGUCCAACCACAUCUACACGUACUGUGGUAUUGUACUUGUUGCCAUCAAUCCAUAUGAGCAGCUGCCAAUCUACGAACAAGAUGUCAUCUACGCGUACAGUGGCCAAAACAUGGGGGAUAUGGAUCCUCACAUCUUUGCGGUGGCAGAGGAAGCCUAUAAGCAGAUGGCCAGGGAUGAGAAGAACCAGUCCAUCAUCGUGAGUGGGGAGUCGGGUGCUGGAAAGACCGUCUCUGCCAAAUACGCCAUGCGCUUCUUUGCAACCGUUGGUGGUUCUGCCAGUGAGACCAACAUUGAAGCCAAAGUCCUUGCGUCGAGCCCAAUUAUGGAGGCGAUUGGAAAUGCUAAAACAACAAGGAAUGACAACAGCAGUCGUUUUGGGAAAUACAUUCAGAUAGGCUUUGAUAAAAGAUACCACAUCAUUGGUGCCAACAUGAGGACCUAUCUGUUGGAAAAAUCACGUGUUGUAUUCCAGGCGGAGGAUGAGCGCAACUACCACAUCUUCUAUCAGCUUUGUGCCUCAGCGAGUCUUCCAGAAUUCAAAGACCUCGGACUAACAUGUGCCGAAGACUUUUUCUACACUUCUCAGGGAGGUGACACGUCUAUCGAUGGCGUGGAUGAUGCUGAUGACUUUGAGAAAACCAGGCACGCCUUCACCCUGCUUGGAGUGAAGGAGUCUCAUCAGACGACCAUUUUUAGGAUAAUUGCUGCCAUUCUGCACCUAGGGAACUUGGAAAUCCAAGCGGAGCGAGAUGGCGAUGCCUGUAGCGUAUCGAGCGAGGACGAGCACUUGAACAACUUCUGCGGCUUGCUGGGCGUGGAGCACAGCCAGAUGCAGCACUGGCUUUGCCAUCGCAAACUCGUCACCACGGCCGAGACCUACGUGAAGAACAUGUCUGUGCAGCAAGUGGUGAACGCCAGGAAUGCCCUGGCCAAGCACAUCUACGCCCAGCUCUUCAACUGGAUCGUGCAGCACAUCAACAAGGCGCUGCACACCACCGUCAAGCAGCACUCCUUCAUCGGCGUGCUCGAUAUCUAUGGGUUUGAAACUUUUGAAGUGAAUAGCUUUGAACAGUUCUGUAUCAACUAUGCCAACGAAAAGCUCCAGCAGCAGUUCAACUCGCACGUGUUUAAGCUGGAACAAGAAGAGUACAUGAAGGAGGGAAUCCCUUGGACUCUCAUAGACUUCUACGAUAACCAGCCCUGCAUAGAUCUUAUAGAGGCGAAACUUGGUAUCUUGGACCUACUGGAUGAAGAGUGCAAGGUUCCCAAAGGCACCGACCAGAACUGGGCGCAGAAGCUGUACGACCGGCACGCCAGCAGCCAGCACUUCCAGAAGCCCCGCAUGUCCAACACCUCCUUCAUUGUCCUGCACUUCGCCGAUAAGGUGGAAUACCAGAGUGAGGGAUUUCUGGAGAAGAACAGGGACACUGUCUAUGAGGAACAGAUCAACAUCCUGAAAGCCAGCAAGUAUCAAAUGGUAGCAGACUUAUUCCAAGAUGAGAAAGAUGCUGCAUCCGCCACUUCCAUGGGAAAGGGAACAUCCAAAAUCAGCGUUCGUUCUGCCAGACCAGUGAUCAAAGCUGCCAAUAAGGAGCACAAGAAAACGGUGGGGCACCAGUUCCGCAACUCGCUGCAUUUGCUCAUGGAGACUCUGAACGCCACCACCCCGCACUACGUGCGUUGCAUCAAGCCAAACGACGAGAAGCUCCCCUUUAAAUUUGAUCCGAAGAGAGCAGUGCAGCAGCUGAGAGCUUGUGGAGUGCUGGAGACCAUCCGCAUCAGUGCAGCUGGCUUCCCGUCCAGAUGGUCCUACCAUGACUUUUUCAAUAGGUAUCGUGUUCUUAUGAAAAAGAGAGACCUCUCGAAGAAUGACAAGAAGCAGAUCUGUCAGACCCUGUUGGAAGACCUCAUUAAGGAUCCAGACAAGUUCCAGUUUGGACGUACCAAGAUCUUUUUCCGUGCAGGCCAGGUGGCAUAUCUGGAGAAACUGCGAGCAGAUAAGUUCAGAGCUGCCACAAUCAUGAUUCAGAAGACGGUGCGGGGCUGGCUGCAGAGGGUCAAGUACAAAAGGCUGAGACAAGCUGCAGUCAUCAUCCAGCGCUACACGCGUGGGCACCUGGCGCGGAGGCUUGCCGAGCACCUGAGGAGGACGAGAGCUGCCAUCAUCUUCCAGAAGCAAUACCGAAUGCUGCGGAUCCUCCGAGCUUUCCAGAGGGUCCGCAACGCAACCGUCACCAUUCAGGCUUUUGCUCGGGGCAUGUUUGUUAGGAGGAUUUAUCACAAGAUCCUUGCGGAGCACAAAGCCACCAUCCUCCAGAAGUACGCCCGUGGCUGGCUGGCCCGCACUCGCUUCCACCGGGUCAGGGGUGCCACCAUUGUCCUGCAGUGCUACUACCGGCGCAUGAAGGCCAGGCAGGAGCUGAAGGCACUGAAGAUCGAGGCCCGCUCAGCACAGCACCUGAAGAAGCUCAACAUUGGCAUGGAGAACAAGGUGGUCCAGCUUCAAAGGAAGAUUGAUGAGCAGAACAAAGAAUACAAACUUCUGAAUGAGCAGCUCUCUACGCUCACAUCAGCCCACUCCUCCGAGGUGGAAAAGCUGAAGAAGGAACUGGUGCAAUAUCAACAGAGCCACUGGGGUGAUGGCAACCAGCUUGUCAGCUUGCAAGAAGAGAUGGAGCACCUCCGGCUGGAGCUUGAAAAAGCUCAUGGUGAGAGGAAGGUCGUGGAAGACAGCUAUGUUAAGGAGAAAGACCUACUGAGAAAGCGCAUAUCCGACUUGGAAGAAGAAAAUGCUCUCCUGAAGCAGGAAAAAGAGGAGCUUAACAGCAGAAUCCUGUGUCAAUCUGAAGAUGAGUUUGCGCGCAACACAGUUGAGGAAAAUAUUCAGAUGAAGAAAGAGCUGGAAGAAGAGAGGUCUCGUUAUCAGAACCUGGUAAAAGAGUAUUCAAGGCUGGAGCAGAGAUACGACAACUUGCGGGAUGAAAUGACUAUUAUGAAGCAAGCACCGGGGCACAGGAGAAACCCAUCCAACCAGAGCAGUUUGGAGUCUGAUUCCAAUUAUCCAUCCAUAUCGACCUCUGAGAUAGGAGACACCGAGGAUGUCAUACAACAAGUGGAGGAGGUCGGGAUGGAGAAAGCUGCCAUGGACAUGAGCCUCUUCCUAAAGUUACAGAAGCGAGUGAGGGAGCUCGAGCAGGAGAGGAAGAAGCUGCAAACCCAGCUGGAGAAAAAGGAGCAAGAGAACAAGAAAUCCCAGGUAAUUGAAAUGAAGACUGAAAUGACUUCGGACCACGAAGAUUUUGCAUACAACAGUCUGAAGAGGCAAGAGCUGGAGUCGGAGAACAAGAAGCUGAAAAAUGAACUUAAUGAGCUGAGGAAGGCUAUCGCAGACCGAGCAACCCAGAACAACUCAUCCAAUGAUAUUCAGGACAGUUAUAACCUCUUACUGAAUCAGCUGAAAUCAGCCCACGAGGAGCUGGAAGUGCGGAAAGAAGAGGUGCUCAUCCUGAGGACACAGAUUAUAAAGGCAGCCCAGCAAAAAGAGACAGGCAAAAACAUGGUAAUUGAGAGGGAAAGCAUCACUACCAAUGCCAGCUGGCCGAACAGCGACAAGCACAUUGAUCAGGAGGACGCGAUUGAAGCCUACCAAGGGAUGUGCGAGACGAACCGCAAGACUGAGGACUGGGGGUAUCUCAAUGAAGACGGAGAGCUCGGCUUGGCUUAUCAAGGUUUAAAGCAAGUUGCCAGGUUACUGGAAGCACAGCUCCAGGAUCAGAGAAGAGAGCAUGAGGAGGAGAUAGAAGCUUUGAAAAAUGAGGUGGAUGCGAUGAGAGAAGAGAUGGAGAAACAGCAGCAGGCUUUCCUGCAGACCCUGCAGCUGUCUCCGGAGGUCCAGGUGGAGUUUGGACUUCAGCAAGAAAUUACACGUCUCACCAAUGAAAAUCUGGAUCUUAAAGAACUGCUGGAGAGGUUGGAAAAGAAUGAAAAGAAGCUGAAGAAGCAGCUGAAGAUUUACAUGAAGAAGGUCCAAGAUUUUGAAGCAUCCCAAGCCACGGUACCGGCGGAGAGGAGGCGGCAUGAGCGUAACAUGCAAGUUGCAGUCCAGAGGAAGGAGAAAGAUUUUCAGGGCAUGUUGGAAUAUUAUAAAGAAGAUGAGCCACUUCUCAUCCGAAACCUCAUUACAGAUCUCAAGCCCCAGGCAGUGUCUGCUACUGUUCCUUGCCUUCCUGCCUACAUCCUCUACAUGUGCAUCAGACAUGCGGAUUACAUCAACGAUGACCAGAAAGUGCACUCCUUGCUCACCUCCACCAUCAAUGGCAUUAAGAAAGUGCUGAAGAAACACAACGAUGAUUUUCAGAUGACGUCAUUUUGGCUGGCGAAUACGUGUCGCCUCCUGCACUGUUUAAAGCAGUACAGCGGAGACGCGGGUUUUAUGACACAAAACACACCUAAGCAGAACGAGCACUGUCUGAAGAACUUUGACCUGACCGAGUACCGCCAGGUGCUGAGCCACCUCUCCAUCCAGAUCUACCAGCAGCUCAUUAAGAUAGCAGAGGGCGUACUCCAACCCAUGAUCGUGUCUGCGGUGUUGGAAAAUGAGAGUAUCCAGGGGCUUUCUGGGGUCAAACCGAUGGGCUACCGGAAUCGCUCCUCCAGCAUGGUAGAUGGUGAUAGCUCCUACAGCUUAGACGCAAUCAUUCGCCAGCUGAACAUCUUCCACAGCAUCAUGUGUGACCAGGGCCUGGACCCGGAGAUCGUGCAGCAGGUCUUCAAGCAGCUCUUCUACAUGAUCAACGCGGUCGCCCUGAACAACCUCCUCCUGCGGAAGGAUGUCUGCUCGUGGAGCACGGGCAUGCAGCUAAGGUUUAACAUAAGCCAGCUGGAGGAAUGGCUGCGUGGGAAGAAUCUGCAGCAGAGUGGAGCGGCACAAACUUUGGAGCCUUUGAUUCAGGCGGCACAGCUUUUACAGCUGAAAAAGAAAACCUCAGAAGAUGCCGAGGCCAUCUGCUCCUUGUGCACAUCGCUCACGACACAGCAGAUUGUAAAGAUACUUAAUCUCUACACUCCUGUGAAUGAGUUUGAAGAACGUGUGACAGUAGCUUUCAUACGAGACAUACAGAUGCACUUGCAAGAGCGAAACGACCCUCCGCAGCUGCUGUUAGACUUCAAGCACAUGUUCCCAGUUUUGUUCCCAUUCAACCCAUCCUCCAUAACCAUGGACUCGAUUCAUCUCCCUGCUUCUCUCAACUUGGAAUUUCUCAAUAAAGUCUGA